ACAACCCUCAUUUUCUGGCAAUAAUGCAAUGGGGUAUGAAUUAAUAAUCACUAUAGACCCAGAUAAUUUUAACGAACGUUGUCGUUGACGCAGUUCCUUCGUACUUAUGUCUGCCGUCUUUAGCCUGCAUAGCCCACUUUUUAUUCAAUUCCAGACGACAAAAUCAAUAUGAAAUUAUCAAGCAUCUAUUUUGUAGUGCAAUAUAUAAAGUACAUAUGUCACACACACGAUGUAUUUGGUGACGAGGUGACGACAAAUCGAUUUACACUUAUGUUAUAUAUGCUGACACUCUGGCCGUCACUCUGUCACAAGUCAUAAAUACUUUCACCCUUAAUGCUUACCAAAAAACAACCAAUGAAAAUAUAAUAAUGAAUAAUUCCACCAAGAGGCUGAGAUAAGUUUUUUAGGCUUUAGAUUUCAAUGACAGGAAGUCAAAUAACAAAGUUUCAAUAAUGGUGCAGGUCAAAAUUCCACCAGUGUAACUAAUAGACAAGGUCAAAAUAUUGCAGUUUUCUAAAAAAAAUAUUGACAGCACAUAAUGGCAAAUAAUAGCAAUGGCUGAUGGCAUGCAUGCAUGCAUAUGUACGUCGUAUAGAUAAUUCAUAUUUUUACCAACUUAACCAGUUUUUAAGUUUUGUUGGCAGUUUACACUUAGAACUGGAGCUAAAAACCGUAAACAUUUGCCCAAUCAGAUCAGAUUUAAAAACUACUAUUUUUAGCCACACUUCUUCAUUCUUCGGUGUAGUCUCGUUCGCUCGUUGUGAACAUAAAGUCGGUGCCCAAUUACAUGAUCACAAGAAAUGUACGAGAGUUUAAUUAAGAAUUUAAUAACGAAACCUUGAAAUGUGGAUCAUUGUCAAUACAGAUACGGCAUUAAAAGUUAAACAUGGCAAUCUUGGCCAAACAAAAUUCUUAUAUCAAAGCAAUUACAAAACCUAUUAUUCCGUGUUUAGCGAAGGGAUUAUUUCAUACACCCACAAUUUGUCAGUAUGGUCGUAGCUCAAGACUGCAUUGUUUGCAAGCUUUCAUUUCAAUAAAAAAAAUUAAACCAAUACGGGUGCAUAAAAACUAAGGCUCAGGUCUCAGGUGCCUAGAAAUCUUAUUAAUGAACAUUCAGUCGUGUAUGCGAAAAACUUUGACAUUUCUCAUGCUCCUCUUUUAAGUUUGCUCGAAAUUGUGCAUCUCAAAUGUGUGUGACAAAUCAUAUUAAUAAUCUUAUGCCUCUUCGCUACUAAUUUUUCGCCCAAACCAUAAAUAUGAAACCGUCAUGCAUACGUCAUGUCCAUCUACCUGUCUAACGACAGCGGCCGUUGAAAUUUGAAACACGUUAAGGAAUUGGGCUGGAUCAGUAAAGUGUUUGACCAGGGUGUCAGGGGGUCAUACUGGUCGGGUUGUUGAUCCUUAUUACGGGUACUUAAAAGCGGUAUUCGGGAUACUAUUGAAUGGUUAUAGUUUUGUCAGAAUAUGGUUUUUUCAGCCCCCCAACAUCAGGUUUUCCCCAAGCCAACGAAAAUUGUAUUUUAUGUUUCAUCCAUCUGAAUAUGUACCUAAACUUUUUGUUUAAUCAAUAAUGCUGUCUAAAUCACCACCGAAAGCAUUGCAUUAGGUAAAAGAAAUAGUGCAUGCAUUGUGUUAUUUCAUUUUAAAAAUUUGAAUCCUUUCGUAAUAAUUUCGUCAUGCAAACCUCGUCAUUGCCUCCCAAUUCAUUACAACCAAAGAAGAAAUUGUCCCUGCCGAAAGAGGUGCGAAUCAACGCUACCGAGUUGAACCAGCGCCUGGUGCAAGAGCUACGAGGCGAAGAACGCUACAAACUCAUCAACGACGCCAAACUGAGAGCCAUGACCCAAGGGACCACAACCUAUGAGGAUUUCCGCCAAAUCUGGAUGGCAGCUCAUUUGCGACCAUUAGAGAAGGACGACAGACUGCAGUCGGGAACAAAGUCUAAAGUAGUUUGGAAUCCAAUGUCGAAAAAGGAUCCAAUGUCAAAUGAUGAUGAUGACGAGAGUGGAAAAGUCUAGGCUUGAUAACCGUUGACGACACGUAUAUCCUUCUAUGGAAAAUUGUUAUAGAGAGAAGAUAUUGAACAAAUGACUAGUUAAAUAUCAAUGAAUGUCAAAAUUUAUUUCAAUCCAAUUAGUAACGAAGAUUCCUUAAUCAAUAUCAAUCAAUGUUUUCCAAACGCCCUAGGAUCAUAAUAUACUGUAAUGUAUAGAACUAAUGACAGUAUGAUAUUAUAAUUUUCUGUGAACAUACGUUGAGCUAUGAUAAAUCACCGGAAAUCACCCGUUCCGUUACAAA